UGUUAUCAUUCGUCAGCAUUGAUUCCACACUGUCAUCCAUCUCCCCAUCAGUUGGACAUUGCUUCUCAGACACAAGACAACGCAUCAAAGACACCGGGUAACUCAAUGAACCAAGCAUCUGAGUGACGAUGGCUUUCUCUCUCACUCUCACUCUGUCUCUUCGUGUCACACUAUCGCACUGCUGCUACCUUAUCCCUCAUAUCGCAACUGAAUCACUGUUCUGCCGCCGUGUCAUAUCAUGCCCUGCCCUGUCCUGCCCUGGCUUGUCUUGGCCACCACAAGCACAGAAGCGUCUAAUAGACUCCAGUUGUUCUCAAAGCAAAACACAAGCCCCAGAAAAAAUGCAUCUGAUCCCUUCCUUGCCUGCCUGCUUGCCUGCAUGCCUGUCCAGUCCGGUUCCUCCAUCUAUGGGCAAUAUGAAUCAUUCCUCAUGGUCCUGUAUGUACCUAGAUACUGGUAAUCAUUGCUCUGCUUUCAUUCCGUCGGCAUUUGACCAAGUCCCUCGGUCCUUCGUCCUUGGUCCUUGGUCCCUAGUAAUUCGUCAUUCGUCCUCAACCUUCGUCUCAGCCCUUAGUCCUCGAUAAACUCAAUCAUCACCGUACCCUGCUUCAAACCCGUAUCUGCAAUAGUCGCAUUCAAGCUCUCCAUUAGGUCCUGGCCUUGAGGCAUC